GGAAAAUCUUGUUCAGUUUUGAAAACAUCUCUAAAAACUAAUCGUAGUUUUGGUUAGUUAGUUAAUUGUUGUUUCUAUUGUGGUUUAGUUCCUAAUAUUUUAACAAAAACUGUAAUUUAUAUACAAUUAACUCAAUCUAUUUGUAUUUACCUUUAAUCAGAACAAUUUGUCAAACAGUUAAUUUUAAAUCUUUCAUCAUAUUAUUUAUUUAUUGGAACCGUUGUUGUUGUUGCUGUUGUAUUGACCAUCGUUAAUUAUGGUUGACCAUUACAAUGUUAUUCUUACCUUGACCCUUAUUAUACCGAUGGUCAGUCUAAUUUCAAUGGCCGAAACUCAGCCAAGUAUUGAGGAUUUCCGUCAACUCAUAGGAAUCGAUCACAGUCCGAUCUGGUCUGCUACUAUACCAAAUACACGGGUGAUGGACAAGGCAGGGCGAUUAAUGCGACAAUUUACUAAUCCAUAUAGGGAACGAGAUCCUCACAAUGACUCGCCUCAGGCACGAUUUAUGGAUUAUGCUAUUAAAAGGGCUUUGAAUUUGAAUGGACUUAAAUGGUUAGACCAGUUUGACGAUCAACGUGCUAAUUUGGACGCUCUUUUGGCCGGUCGAGGUUUAAACAAUUGGAAACGCGAAGGAGCCGAAACUUAUAAGAACAUGUUCUUAGGAGUUCGAGGUUAAUCAAUCGACGAAAAGCAAUUAAAUUUGAUCCAGUUCUAAGUUGUCAGAAACUAACAAACAAUUAAAUACUAAUUGUGAUUAACAACUAAAAGGUGUAAUUAUCCAGAUGAAGAUUUAAUUGUAAAUCAAAUUUAAUCCAUGUUUUAAUUGAUAGAAAUGAUAAUUUGUUUUUCCUUUUAAUUCUAAUAUUAAUAAAUCAACAAUUGCUGAUUAAGUAAAUCGUUUUUCUUUCACUGAAUUUGAUUUCAAUAAAAUUUAUUUCUUUUUAA